CAGGAACAGGAACAGGAACAGGAAAAGGAAAAGAAAGAUGAUGAAGACAAAACAGAAGGUGUGAAUUGGAAGGAUUGGGAUGGUUGGAAGGAUGUAUUUCAUUGGCAAAUGAUAAACAAUGAAGAUAAGUUUCAUAUGAAUUUUUGGUUCUUUUUAUUCAUUAAUGGCGUGCUUCUUGGUUUGGUGCUUGGUUUAGGAGUUCCUACUCUAAAUCAUAGAUUAGAUGAAAACUUAGCAAGUAGACCAUCAAAUUCAACAACAACAAAUCUCAUGAGUAAUUCAAAUUCAAUCCAGCAAAAUUUUAGCAAUGAUACCUCUGUUACAACUACUUUCUCAAAUUCGACAACCAUUGUAAUUCCCGAUAAAAGUCCAGUUAGUGACUAUUCACGCCUUUAUGGUUCAAGUUCAAUUGCCAAUGGUGUAAUUAUGUUGUUAUCAGGAUUGUACAUAUGUGCAACAUGGAGAGAUAUUUUUCAAUAUAGAAAUGGCUUCGGAUGCCAUUCACAUCCUCUUAUCCGUGCAGUUGUGUUGUUUGUUUUAAGUGCCUUUUACUUUUCUGUUUCAACUUUUCAAAUUCCGGUUGAAAUGGUGGCCAAUUGGAAAUUUCCAAUUAAAUAAAAAAUUCUAUCAUAAUUUCUGCUACUACUACUACUAAUUUUUAUGCUUCCAAAAAUCCAGAUGAUAAAUCGUUUUUGUUUUAAAAAUGAAUCAUUAAAAUCUACAUUUACUUCUGAUCUUACUCCUCUGGAGAUGUUAAUUCCAAAAAAAUGAAUAUAUAUGAAAACCUUUCGUGUAUAUAAAAUUAUAAAUGAUAAUAAUGGUAUGGCGUUAUAUCAUAUACUUGUUGUUGAAAAGUAUUGUUCAUCACAUAAAUUUGGAAUUUUGCAAUUAUCAUAUUUUGCAAUUUUUAUUGGGAAUGAGACUACACUAUUAUAUUUUGUAACACAAAAUUUCGCUUAUAGAUUAAUAUACAAAAUGUCUUUUCAUAUAGAAACUCAAUUAUUAAAAUUUUG